AAAUCUGCUGGUUCCUGGUCGAUGUUAGGAAUGUUAAAUAUGAACUAAUAUUUAAUACCUUAUAAACACUAACAAAGGUUCACAAUGAUCUACUAUUACAUAACUUUAGCCAGCUUUAGCAAACAAAACAUUUUCUUACCGUGCUUAUAUUACUUUAAACUUAGACACUCUGAGAUUGGGAAGUGAGGUUAAUUGCUUACGUGUCACGAAGUAAGAAAAGCAGAGUGACACUAUGGCAAACAAAUCCUGGAAUGUAUUGGUAACAGGGGGUGCUGGGUACAUUGGUUCUCAUACAGUAUUGGAACUAUUGCAAGCAAAUUUUGAGGUGGUGGUUAUAGACAACUUUAGUAAUGCUUAUAAAGGUAAUGAUAAUAUAAAACCAGAAUGUCUACUAAGAGUCGAAAAAUUAACAAAUAAAACAGUUACAUUUAUUCAAUGUGAUGUAACCAAUUGGAAUGAAUUAAAGGAUGUAUUUAAGAAGCAUGAGUUUCAUUCUGUCAUACAUUUUGCUGCAUUAAAAGCAGUAGGUGAAUCUUGCGAAAAGCCAUUAGAAUAUUAUAAGACAAAUGUUUGUGGGACACUAAACUUAUUAAGCGUUAUGAGAGACUUCAAUGUAAAGCGUUUUAUUUAUUCAAGUAGUGCUACAGUUUAUGGUAUCCCUGAAAAGUUACCAUUAGUUGAGAAUAUGAAAACUGGUGAUUGUACCAAUCCUUAUGGAAAAACAAAAUAUAUGGUUGAAGAAGUUUUGAAAGAUUUGUGUACUUCAGAUAAGGAAUGGUCCGUUAUAUCAUUAAGAUAUUUUAAUCCAGUUGGAGCUCAUUCUUCUGGACAAAUUGGAGAAGAUCCUAAUGGAGUGCCAAAUAAUUUAAUGCCAUACAUUGCUCAAGUAUCUGUAGGCAAAAGGGAAUUUUUAUAUGUUUACGGCAAUGACUAUGAUACUCAUGAUGGAACAGGUGUACGAGAUUAUAUUCACAUUACAGAUUUAGCUGUAGGUCAUGUAAAAGCAAUGAUUUACCAAAAAAUUCGUAACUCUACUGGGUUUAAAGUAUUUAAUUUAGGUACUGGAAAAGGGUAUUCUGUAUUAGAAGUCAUACGAGCAUUUGAAAAAGCAUCGGGACAAAAAAUACCAUAUAAGAUAGUUGAACGCAGAACUGGAGAUAUAUCUGCUAGUUAUGCAGAUGCUAGUUUAGCAAACAAAGAACUAAAUUGGCAAGCUACUAAAAACAUAGAUGAUAUGUGUUUAGAUACGUGGAAGUGGCAACAAAAUAAUCCAGAUGGUUAUAAAUGCUAAUAACAAUUGUUGGGAUAUCUGUUAUGAAAGAUAUUAAAUAUUUUAAGUAGAACAUUUCAUUUACAUAUCCAAUUACUUUAAACAUAAGCCAUGGUGGUGCCUGAUUACCAAAGUCUAAACCAAAGUCAAAAAUAAAUGUGGUAUAAAAAUUAUUUAUAUAAACAUAAAUUAUUGUGCCAUAGAAUAUACAUAUAUUCCCAUAAUUGUAAAAUGACUGCCUAUUAAUAAAAUAAUAUGUAUUGAAAUGUUAAAAUAUUCCUGAAAUACAUACAUUAUCAAAAUAAACGAUUUAU